AUGUUGGCCGAAAAUACAUCAUCAAACUCAACAACUCCCCGCAGCUCAAUAUACAGCCUUCGCAGGAUAUCUCUUCCAAAUUCAAGAGUUUGUAUUCAUCCUUACUUCGCUUCAAGAGAAGAAGCCGGUAAAACUUUAGCCCAACUAAUAAAAUAUUAUGCCCAUAAUCCUAACACUGUUGUCCUCUCUAUCAAACCAACUGCCACAGCAUUAGCUUAUGAGAUUGCAAAAGAAUUAGAUCUACCUUUGGAUAUAUUUCUCAUCCGUUCCUUCAAAUACAAUGGUUUGACCGUUGGUGCCAUCACCGAUAGAACUGAUCAGCCAUUGUUAAAAGAUCAUGUAAUCAGAGGUUGCGAUAUUCCUAAAGAUAUAAUUGAUGAACUAGUCGCUAAAGAGCGCAAUUUACUUGAGUCUCAAAAAAAAGAAUUGUGUCCGCCAAAUUUGGCUUUACCUUGUUCUGAAAAUUCUACAUUAAUUUUAUGCACCGAUGGUAUUCAAUCUGGACAGGACGCUCGUAAUACUAUUACCAUACUGAAAAAUUUCCUGGGUUUUCGCGGUAAAAUUGUUUUAGCUGGUGGCGUUAUGGGAUCGGACGCUCAGAAAAUGUUUAUGAGAGAAGCCUACGAUGUUGUUGCUGUUAAGUGUCCACAAAUUGUUGGUUCAGUUGGAUUACGUCGAAGUUCUAAAGAAAUUUUAUCAACAGAUUUUAAAGUUACUAAAUUUUUCAAAAAGACUGAAUUUUCAUAUAUUCAAAAAGAACAGGCAGAGGAAUUCCUAUACAACGCAUUAAGAGCCAUUGUAUUUGAGAACAGUGAACAAGCCAUAAAUAACAGCUCAAAAAUUGCUCGUCAAUUUUAA